UGUGAGCAUGUAACGUCUGUUCUGUGCACCUUCUUUCUUCUGUCUCCAGAUAAACAACUGCUAAGGACAGACUCCAGAGACAUGGAUAAGAGCACAGCAGCCUACUGAUUCUGUACAGCUGAUGAAAAUACGGUGUGUUAUGGCUGUUAGACUUAUUCUGCCUCCUAAUGAAAGUAUACCAACUGUCGACGGAAAAGGCUAAGAUCAUGGCAAUGUAUUUCUUAUUCUGGAGCCUAAUUCAACAGGACUAUUUCUGGGACUGCAGCUGUUCUGCAGAGCUGGUCUUCACGUCUCGUCCUGCAGACAGCCCAGCCAUCCUGAACAGCUCUCUCACACUGCCCUGCACUGCGUAUGACUCGCGGCAUCACCGGGAUCUGACCAUCCGCUGGUUGAGAGGCUCGGGGGACCCGAUAGAUGACCUAGGUGUUUGGGUUCACCAGCUGGCCAAUGGAUCUCUGUUCUUCCCCAGCCUGCGAGAGGCAGAUUUGGGGACCUACACCUGCCAGGCCAGCUCUGGUUCCUCUCUGGUCAACGCCACCAUCCACAUUUCCAAGGCCUAUUUGGACAGCGUGUUUUACAGUCCUGCAUCUCAGACGGUGAGGGCUGGUCAGAGCGUUUUCUUCAACUGUGUUUCUGGAGACAGCCUCCCUCUUGCUCAGAUCAGCUGGGAGAAAGACGGACAGCUUUUUAGGGAAGGAACUCAAAUUCAGGGACAAUAUGGAGGGGGUGAUCACAAGAAAAUAUCUGGGACCUUGCACAUUCCCUCUGCAUCCAAGGAAGACGAAGGAAAUUACACUUGUGUGACUCACAAUCCACUACUUGCCACAAGAAUGCAAAGUGUAGCAGCCUCUCUGACAGUGCAAGCGUUACCAUCCCCACUGGUAAUCAGCCAGGGCCCUGCCAACAUCACUGUCGUCACGGAGACCGAGGCUGUCCUGCACUGCUCUGUCCAGGGCGUCCCCUUCCCCACGGUACAGUGGUUCAAAAACAGCCAGCCCCUGCUGGAGGAAGAAGGGCACCUGAGCCUGGAGAACACGGGGCAGCUGCUUGUCUUCAAAAACGUCUCUUUGGAAGAUGAAGGAUAUUAUUAUUGUGAAGCCAGGAAUGGAGUAGACACAGUGACCUCCCAGACUGCUUACCUCCUCCCUGCUGUCAUGGACUGGAGGUUUGGUCAGCAGCCAGCGAACGUGUCUGCAAGACAGGGAGACUCUGCCACCCUGAUCUGCAGGCCCCCACGCAGCAACCCCCCAGCGACAGUCACAUGGUUUAAGAACAACAGGAUCCUGAACAAGAUGCCCCACUUCGUCCUCCUGGACACUGGAGACUUACUUUUUAAGAGGGUCAAGGAAACUGACAGAGGGAUCUACUUCUGCAGGGCAUCCAACUCCUACUUGUUCAGGGCUAUAUCUUCUGUAAAAGCGUAUCUCAAUGUGUUGGUUCCCCCUAAUGUCACGGUUUCACCUGCAAUGACGAUGGUGCCUCUUGGGUCAGCGGUGUCCUUCCACUGUCAGGCCUCCGGCAAUCCCUCACCGUCCAUCGUGUGGUACAAGCAAGGGCAAACUGUGAAGACGGGUGGAAAGAUAACAGUUGGGUUUAAUAAUGUGACUCUAUACAUCUCCUCUUUGAGGGCCUAUGAUGAAGGCUCUUAUACCUGUGAGGCUACGAAUAUCAUUGGGCAAUCCCGAAUGACAGCAAUACUGCAAAUAGCAGCUCCUCCAGUUAUCAUCUCUUUUGAGAACGAAAUAAAUUGCUCAGAAGGAGCAACUGUGGUUUUUCUAUGUGAGGCAGUAGGAGAUAGACCAAUCAGGUAUUCCUGGUACAGGAAAGGAAAUGAAACACAGAUCUCACUGCCGAAAAUGGUUAUAGACGAACACGGUUCGCUUCACAUUUCUAAUGUGAGUCGGAAUGAUGAAGGUGUGUAUCACUGCACUGCAGAGAACAGAGCUGGAAGAGACAGAAAAACCACAGCCCUCAUUGUAACUGCCGGAGACAAUCGAUCAAGUGCUGAAAAGCGGAACAUAGGAAGGGGCUCACCAGUCACUAACAGCGGCAGUGAAACGAGAAGAUAUGAUGCCCUUUAUAACGAGCACAGAGGUGAUCAACCACAGGAACGGAAUGGAGCCAACUCGACUGCCAAAGCAAGAGGUCUUGGGCCUGUGAGAGACAUGCAUGGAACUGCUGUGGGGGACCAUUUGGUAUUGUCAUGGCAACCACCAAUCUGGGAGGAAGGGCAUCCUGAUGGUUAUAAAAUUAGUUACUCCACAGUGCUAACCAGCCCUGCUCCUGCUGUUUCUACAUCAGUCACAGAAAUGGAACAAAGAGGGAUGUUAGAGCCUGAAUCUAAAGAAUAUGGGGAAGACCUUUCCAAGCCUCUUGAGCAAAGUGCUUCUGUGUCAACAUUUUUUUCCAUUACCAAACAAAAUGGAGUACUGACGACCGCUGAAACCAACGUGUCCAUUCAGGGUCUGUUGCUAGACCAGACAUACCUUAUUACUGUGGUGCCUUACACUGCAAAGGGAGAGGAAGGGAUCCCUUUACAGAGAAACGUCAAAACAGCCUCAGUUCCAAAAGGCAGUGUUACUGUGGCAGAACCAUCCCAGCCAGUUCUGAAAACACAGCGUGUUUCAUUGACAAGAUCUCCUCUGGAGAAGUCCCAGCCAUCAGCCAGCUCAGCUCCAGGAUCAAGGUUGACUUCAUCUGGGCCGAUAUUACACUUAAAAGUUCCGGACAUGGCUAAUAACACAAUAAUUACCUCUGCAUUCAUGGCCUCCCAGUCAGAAAGCCUUACGUCUGCUGCAGCCGGAUCUUCUGACAUCAUAAGACCAACUGACAUAGCUGAGUCUGAAGAGGUAGAGGCUGGUACAUCUUUGACAUCUCAGUCUGACAUGGAGCCCACUGGCCUGUACCUAACUUUGACAGCUGAAGGUACUACAAACCCUUCAGAGUCCUCUGGAACUCACCAAACCCAAGCUGCUAAUUCAUCCAAAUCAGCAAAUUCGGAACUGACCGAAUGGCCCAAGAAAAAUACUUCUCAGUCCCCUAUGAAGACCAGUGACGACACGGUCAGAGACAAGAAGCAAUCUUCUUGGCUCCCAGUGUUGGAGAAGCAUGAUAUCCCCAUUGUGGUUGGUGUGGGCAUCUCCCUAGCUUUAAUUUUUAUAACAAUGGGCUUUUACUCACUCAUCCAGAAGAACGAGCCAACAGAAGCAGGGCGAGGAUUGCUGCGCGGCUCUGGGACCUCCAGCAGGAACAGCAGCAAGCCAGAAACAGGGGCGACAUACGAGAACAGGGCUUUUGAAGAUGAUAAUUCAGUGGGCAUUAUAGAUCAAAGCUCUCAUUCAUCACCCCAAGCAAGCAGCCAGACGGCUCCCAGCACCGUCACAGUGACGGCCGAAUUGUCGCCGGAAGGACAACAGGAAGUCCUGGAAACCAUCCUGGAAAAUGUGACGGAGUCAGACCACAGCGCAUUACUGGGAUCUGCUCUGGAACAGGAAGCUGAACCGCCCCCUCAGAGCAAGAGAAGCCCCCCGACCCUCCACUCGGACAUCAAGCUUCAGAACAUAGACGGCUGGGGCAGCAGCCCCUCGCCCAGCAGGCAGGCCGGGGGCGGCGGUAGCGGCAGCAAAUUCGGACAAGGCCAGGAUGCCGAGCCGGCGCCGCGCCUGGCCGGCCGAGACGACGUCGUGCACACCUCCCUGACGCUGCAGACCACCGAGCCCGGCCCUGGAAGUACCACGCCCACCAGGCACGGGGUCGGACCCGGACCCGGCCCGGCUCCCGUUGUGCUGUCGCACUGCGUUUCGCUCAGCGACAGGGGCGGGCCGGGGAUAACCACGGUGGCCGUGGACGUACACUUCUAUCCGGCGAUGCCUUCCCCUGCCUCUGUCCCCGCACACGGCUCCCCCUCUGUCCACCCGCAGGCUCCUUUCCCAGAGUACGAACAGCAAAGCCCCACGGCGAACUACGUGCAAAGGACCUGCCUCUGAAGAUGCAGAAAGCGGGAGGAAAAUCUGUAGCCAAAAGAAGCAGGUACUAGACAUGCGGAGGCUACUUUGCGAUUUCAGGAGCCAAAUGCAGAGACUUCGACUUGCAAAACAAAUACUGCUUCUUUCAAUAAUCGGGUACAAUCUUAUAAUUUCUGUACUAACAUUGCAUUUACCAUUUUAAUCACCGUGUACAUUAAAAGCCACUUGUGUAAAACUUUG